ACUUAUACUGAUCACCACUCAGUGGCUCACCUUCCUGGAAGCUACACAUUCAUCCAUCGAUCCAUCCCAUCCUUAAUUUGUGUAGUUAAUUUGAGCUGUAGUCAUUUAUUAAGAUAAGUAUGGACACCAAAGUGAUUUCCACCGGAAUCCGGUACUCUAACCUGCCGGAAAGUUACGUGAGGCCGGAGUCAGAGCGACCCAGGCUGUCUGAAGUUUCGACCUGCGAAAAUGUCCCCGUCAUCGAUUUGGGUUGCCAGGACAGGACCCAGAUUGUUCGACAAAUCUGCGAUGCCUGCAAGGAUUACGGCUUUUUCCAGGUGAUAAAUCACGGGGUGAGUAGGGAAGUAACGGAGCAGAUGCUACAAGUCGCAUUUGAUUUCUUCAGGCUGCCGGUGGAGGAGAAGCUGAAGCUCUACUCGGACGACCCCUCAAAGACAAUGAGAUUGUCUACGAGUUUUAACGUGAAUAAGGAGAAAGUUCACAACUGGAGAGACUAUCUCAGACUCCACUGUUAUCCCCUCGACAAAUACCUUCCUGAGUGGCCUUCCAAUCCCCCUUCCUUCAAGGGAAUUGUGAGGAAUUACUGCAUACAAGUUCGACAACUUGGGUACAGAGUUGAAGAGUUUAUAGCAGAGAGCUUGGGUUUGGAAAAGGAUUACAUAACCAAGGUUUUGGGUGAACAAGGGCAGCAUAUGGCGGUCAACUACUAUCCACCAUGUCCGGAGCCAGAGCUGACUUAUGGACUGCCUGGGCACACAGACCCCAAUGCCCUCACAAUUCUUCUGCAAGACCUCCAGGUCCCCGGCCUCCAAGUUCUCAAGGAUGCCAAGUGGGUUGCUGUCAAUCCUCACCCAAAUGCCUUUGUCAUCAACAUUGGCGAUCAAUUACAGGCUCUGAGUAAUGGAAGGUAUAAGAGUGUGUGGCACAGAGCCGUUGUCAACGCCUAUAAGCCAAGAAUGUCGGUUGCUUCCUUUCUAGUCCCCAGCGAUGAUGCAGUAAUCAGUCCUCCAAAAGCACUAACUGGAUAUGAUGGCUCCGGAGCCUUAUACAAGGAUUUCACUUAUCCAGAAUACUACGCCAAGUUCUGGAGCAGGAACCUUGACCAAGAACAUUGCCUAGAACUUUUCAAGAAUUAAGCACUAGCUACUUACCUACUUAUAUCCAUUUAUAUAUCUUGCUUAAUAAAAAUACCAACCUAGCUAGCUAGUCAGCUUCAAAGCUGGAAUCUCAUUGCUCGCAUCAUUUCUUCUUUAAGUGGAAUGAUCGAUCAAUGUGUCAAGUCUCAUUAUUUAGCAUGCACUUUGGAACUCUAAUUUUCUUUACUGGUUCUGGUUGUUCAAUAAUUCUUGGUUUGUGUC